GUGAUGUGGCGCCUGCUGAUGCAGCAGAAGCGGCACCUGGCGCUGGCCCUCGUCUCCCUGCUGAUCUGCGUCUCCAUGAACCUGCUGUCGCCCGUGUUGCAAGGCAUGCUGUUUGACGUGCUGGUUCGUGGCCAGCACUUCAGCGAGUACUCCAAGCUGUUCCUGGGGCUCCUGUUCAUCUACGUGGCAGAGCCGCUGCUGUCACAGGUGUACAUCCUAAACGCCUGCGCGGCGGGCGAGAAGCUGCAGGCGUCGCUGAGGCUGGAGGCCUUCCGCUGCUUGCUGGCGCAGCGGGUCGAGUUCUUCGACCGCCACUCCUCCUCCCGCCUCACCCAGCUGCUCAGCCGCGACCUCGACUCCAUCCGCGCCUUUGUGUUCACCAACAGCGCUCGUGACCGUGGGCCGCGGGCGCUGCUGGAGGCUCUGGGCUCCGUGGCGGUGCUCUUUGCCCUCAGCUGGCGGCUGGGUCCCAUCCUGGCUGCCGUCAUCGUGGCCAGCGUGUGCACCGCCUUUCUGUACCGCCGCCAGACGCGGGCCCUGGAGGCCACCAGCGCCGCCGCCCAGCAGCGCCUGGCCGAGGUGGCCUCCAGCUCCUUUGCCAACAUGCGCACCGUGCGCAUCUUCGCGGGGGAGGCGCUGGAGCAGCAGCGGUUUGGGCAGCAGGUGGCCCGCUCGUACGCCAGCGGCCUGGGCUUUGCGCGGGCAAAGGCGAUGCUGGAAGGCAUCAACCGCAGCGCCACCCACCUGUCGCUGCUGGCGCUGUAUGCGCUGGGCGGGCACCUGGUGAACAACAAGCUGCUGCCGGUGGGCGUGCUGGUCACAUCCAUCGGCUUCACCUUCAGCCUUGUGUUCGCCACACAGGGCAUGCUGCAAACCUUUGCCGACCUGCGCGGCAUGGUGGCGUCGGUGCGCCGCGUGCGGGCCACGCUUUCAGAGCUGCCGCCCGACGAGUCGAUGGCGCAAGCGCUGCCGCCGCUGCCGGAGGCCCCUUGGGAGUACCCGCUAGUUGCGCCAUUUAGCAAUGGGGACGGCCCGCUGGGGCUGGCGGAUGAGGGCCCGGUGCCUGUUGGCGCCGCCAACGGCAGCCAUGUCGUCGCCGGCGAGGGGCUGGCGGUGGCGGCUGCGCAGUGUGGCGACCUGCGCCUGGAGGGCAUCAGCUUCAGCUACCCGGUGCGGCCGGGCGCCCCCGUGCUUAAAGACCUGAGCCUGACCCUGCCCCGCGGCAAGGUCACGGCGCUGGUGGGCAGGUCUGGCGCCGGCAAGUCCACGGUUGCUGCGCUGCUGGAGCGCCUCUACACGCCCGAUGCCGGCAGCAUCACGCUGGGCGGGGCCGACAUCCGCGCCUUCACCCGCGGCGAGUGGUGCGGCGCGCUGGCGGCUGUCAGCCAGGAGCCGGUGCUCUUCCCUGCCAGCAUUGCCUACAACAUCGGCUAUGGCCGCUCCAUGCAGUGCACCCAGGCGGAGAUUGAGGCGGCAGCGCGGGCCGCCAACGCCCACGAGUUCAUUGCGGCGCUGCCCGAGGGCUACGCCACGGUGGUGGGCGAGGCCGGCAGCCUGCUGUCGGGCGGGCAACGGCAGCGCAUCGCGUUGGCGCGCGCUCUGCUCAAGGACGCCCCCAUCCUCAUCCUGGAUGAGGCCACCAGCUCGCUGGAUGUUGAGAACGAGCGGCUGGUGCAGGCGGCGAUCGAGAAGCUGAUGGAGGGGCGCACGGUCAUGGUCAUCGCGCACCGCCUGUCCACCGUGCAGAACGCGGACCAGAUUGUGGUGCUGGAGGCUGGGCAGGUGGUGGAGCAGGGCACCCACAAGCAGCUGCUACAGCGGCCCGGCAGGUACUCCGCCUUGGUCAGCGCUCAGGAGCUCACGCUGCAGCAGACGCUGUUGUGAACAGGCUGCCCUUGUGUUCAUGUGUCAUUAGACCUCUGUCCCUUCUUGAGAGAGUUAGCACUUGUUUCUGAGUAAAUGAGUAGAGAGCCC